AUGAUUAAAAAACCUCCGAGAUCAACUAAAUCUCCUUUGUUUGAUAAAAAUCUAAAUUAAUAGAACCUAAAAUAAAUUUGCUUACUUGGCCUAAUACAGAACCAGAUAUAAGUUUAAACUCUAAAACUAUAGUUCUUGUUGAUGAUUGAAAUAUUUAAGACUUGA